GUUUGUAUUGUAAAGCCCCUAUUAUUGUGUAAGUCUCUGCGAUGGCGGAACACCCAUGUGGAAUCGAGCCGUGGGGAAACUAUUACAUGAGAGGAGGCGGUCCAAAUAUCCGCGACGCUGGCCUCGGCAACCUGUCCGUGAUAAAUGAUGCGCUCAUGCUCGAGGUCCUAACCAGCGGCGUGCUGCGCGCUCCCGACCUGGGUCGUCUAGCGCUAGUCAGCAAGGCGCUGUACUGCUUCGCCAACCUGGAAGACCUGUGGAAGGGUCUGGUGAUUGAGGAGCUGGGCGGAGGCUUCACCUGGUGCGGCAGCUGGCAGCGCACCUACCUGGUGUCCACAGGCCUGCUGCCGCCGCCCGGGUCGCCGUCCGGGGGGGAGCAGGCGGGCAGCAGCGGUGAGGAGGACAGCAGCAGCGGCAGCGGCUGCAGUGAUGAAAGCGAGGAGGAGGAGGAGGAGGAGGAGGGAGAGGAAGAGGAAGAGGAAGAGGAAGAGGAAGAGGAAGAGGAAGAGGAAGAGGAAGAGGAAGAGGAAGAGGAAGAGGAAGAGGAAGAGGAAGAGGAGGAGGAGGAGGAGGAGGAGGAGGGAGAGGAGGAGCCGCCCGCAGUGUCGGCCGUGGCGGUGGUUGAGGAGGGCGACGAGGAGGAAGAGGAGGAGGGGGGUUCCAGGCGGCGGAGUAAGCGGCUGAAGCUGUGUAACGGUGCUGGCCCUGCUGCUGUUGAUGGCAGCGGCACCUCACAGCAGCAGCAGCAGCGGCACGAGGGCCUGGAGCCCCUCCAGCAGCAACAGCCGCUGCAGCAACAGCAGCAGCAAGAACAGCAACAAGAACAUGCAGAAAAACAGCCCCAGCAGCCCCCCGGCAAGCGGCGGUCGCUGCUGCGGUGUGUUCGCGGCUGCGGCCCGCAGCGCUACCUGCGAGUGCGGGGCCUCUACUCGGACCUGCUGUACCAGCCCUGGUUCUGCGCCACGCUGGAGCCGCCGCGGGAGUGGAUGGCGGUGGACAACAUCGACCGUCGCGCGGGCCUUACUCCCGAGCAGUUCCGCCAGGAGUACGAAAUACCCAACCGACCCGUCAUCUUGACGGACGUGAUGUCCCAGUGGCCCGCCGCCUCCAAGUGGCGCCCCGACUACCUGGCUGAGGUGUUUGGGGGGCAGGAGGUGAUCGUGGGCAACAUGCCCAUGCCCUUCCCCACCUACCACUCCUACUGCUCCUCCAAUCGGGACGAAAUGCCGCUCUACCUCUUCGACCGCCACUUUGCAACCCGCGCCCCCGCACUGGCCGCCGACUACUGGCCCCCGGAGCAGUUUGGGGAGGACCUGUUCGCGCUGCUGGGGCAGGAGGGCAGGCCGGAUUACAGGUGGCUCAUCUGGGGUCCCGCCCGCUCCGGCUCCUCCUUCCACGUCGACCCCAACGCCACCUCAGCCUGGAACGCGCUGCUGUGGGGCGCCAAGAAGUGGGUCAUGUACCCGCCCGGGGUGGUGCCACCGGGGGUGCACCCCUCGCCGGACGGCGCGGAUGUGGCCACUCCGCUGUCCCUCACGGAGUGGUUUGUCAACUUCUAUGCGGCAACCAAGGAGACCAAGGUCCGUCCCAUCGAGUUCGUUGCUCGACCCGGGGAGCUGCUGUUCGUCCCUCGGGGCUGGUGGCACUGCGCACUGAACCUGGAGGACAGCUGCGCCCUCACGCAGAACUUCGUGUCCGCUGUGGGGCUGUCCGCCACACUCGCCUUCCUGCGCUCACGCAGACCGGAGAUGGUGUCGGGGUGCGCUCAUGAGAGCAGGUGCAAUCUGUACGACAGGUUCGUUGCGGCACUGCGGCAGCACCGGCCGGACAUCCUGGCAGCGGAGGAGGCCAAGCAGGAGGAGGCGCGGGCGCGGGCGAGGGAGGCGAACAGGCUCGCAGCGCUGUUCCGCGCACCUGCGGCGGCCCCUCAGCAGCCCCAGCCCUCACAAAGCGCUACCCAGACAGCGAGAGCGGCGGGUGGCAGAACGCAGCAGGAGGGGCAGCAGCAGCAGCAGCAGGCGGCAGCUGUUGCGGUUGCAGCAAACGGAACCCCAGGCACGGGGGAGGAAGCGACCCACGGGAUUGCUGCUGCUGCUGGUGGUGCUGCCGAAGGGGGGUUGUUUACGUUUGGGUUCAGCGUUGGGGCUGGUGUGAGUGCUGAUGGAGGCACGGCAGCGCCGGCGGCAGAUGCCGGGGGGUUCAAGUUUGGGUUUGGUUUCUGAGCGGUUCUAGCUCCUUUCAGCUCACCAGCUGGGCACCCAACCGCAAGCAGUGCAUGCUACUUGACCACUUAGCCAGGCAUUCAUUCCUUCUUGAAGUUACCGUGGAGGCUAAUGAGUGGCUGUUAUGUGGCUGUGUGUGCGGGAAAUGUACACAUUGGUUAAUAGCUUGCGAACAGCCCUUGUAUGAGCUGGUAUUGUUGUGCUAUCUGCUGGCAAGAAGAUGUGGUGAAGAUAGAUGUAAGAUUUCCAAGAUGACGUUGUAGUUUACAGGCAAC